AGUGGUGUCCCUACAGUCACCCCGGCUGUGGCCACCCCACAGUGGUGUCCCUACAGUCACCCCGGCUGUGGCCACCCCACAGUGGUGUCCCCACGGUCACCCCGGCUGUGGCCACCCCACAGUGGUGUCCCCAUGGUCACCCUGGCUGUGGCCACCAUGUCCCCCUGGUGAUCCCGGCUGUGGUGGCCCCCCAGGUGCCCGCAGUGAUCCCACCCCACGGGUGACAUCCCCCCAGUGAUGCUGGUGGCCACCCCACAGGUGACGCGAUCCCAGCUGUGGCUGCCCCACGGGCGAUGUCCCCCUGCUCAUCCUGACCUCGGUGAUCUUGGCCACGGCCACCCCACAGGCUGUCCCCUGCUCCUGGUGAUCCCAACCCACAUCCACGUCCCCCUGGUGCUCCCUCUGAUCUCCACGGUUUGUCCUGGUCCUGGUUUGCACUUUAGUGGUGAAAUGUCCUGUUGAGACUCACCUCGGUUCUGUUCGUGUGUCCGGGGGGUGCCGGGGGGGCAGCGGUGCCACCACCCUCCCCUUGUCCCUCUGCUUUUCCCUACGGAACUUCUGGAGCUGGAGGGACCCUCAGUGGUGGGGUGGGACAGGCGAGGUCCCCCGUCCCAGGUGCUGCCGCACAAGGGGACACCCCAAAAUGUGGACACCCCAAAUCAGGGACACCCCGAACUGGCAGCACCCACCUGGGCCUGGCUCCCUGCUGGCAGCGUGGGGGGCUCUGGGACCCCUUGGGCCCGGGGGAACUGGGGGGGCCGUGGGGCAGAGGGACCAGUCUCAUAUGAAGCCCCCCAGCGUGGGGGCAGAGCCCACAGGAUUUCAGCCCCUCCCGCUGCCGGGGCAGCCCCCCAGGGACCCUCUGGCCGCCGUUCUGGUGCUCCCAGUGCUUCAUGUCACGGCCUGGGAGCCCCCCGAGUGGGUGACACGUAUUUAACAAGGGCUGGGGACCCCAGACCCCCUCCCCAUCUUCUAGCCCAAACCCUGGACCAAAUGAGGGACACUGCAGCUUCUCUCACUCUUUUUUUUUUUUCUCUUUUUUUCUGCUUUUUCUCUUAUUAUUGUUAUUAUUUUUGCUUUGGGAAAGCUCCUCCAUCGCAGUGAAAUAACAAUCGUGGUAACAGAACUCGGCCGCUAAUUUACCGAUGUAUUUAAUGUAAGUAAAACCAAACCGAACAACAAAAACAGAAGGAAAACAGCAAAAAAAAGAACUUUGUGUGCUCAGGGCGGGGUUUUGGGGCGGGGGGGGGUGACUUGGACCACGCAGCCACCCGCUGUUGGCACGGGGCAGGAGCCGGAGCCAUCCGGUGCCAGCAGCCGGUGUGAGAUCGCGGCUCUGCCCUGAUAAGACUUAUCGGAGCUCCCAGCUGGGUGGCGGCCGCCGGGGCUUUGACCUUGUCGGGACAACCGGUACCGGCACCGGGGCAGCGCUGCCCGCGGAGACCCGAACGCGGGGCCGCUUUAAGCCCCCCAAGGGCUGGGGCCGCUGUUGCCCCUUUAAGCCCGGGCUGGUGGGGCCCACUCUCCGGUGAGGCCACGCCCACGCGGCCCCGCUAAGGUAAACAGAGAGGGCGUGGCCAGGGGGCUCACCCCCCUUGAGACCCCGCCCCUCGCCCCCCUCUUAAAGCGGCAGCGCCGCUGGGACGUCGCGGGAGCGGAACCGUUACGCAGGAGCCGCCGCGAUGCUGCUGCUCCGGGCCGUCGUGGGGCGCAGGCUCCCGCCGCUGACGCAGCUCCGCCGCGGCCCUCCCGGUUCGCCGCCGGUGCCGCGGCGGGGGGGACGCCGGGGGGCGGCCCCGGUGCUGGCGGCGCUGCUGGGGCUCGGGGCCGUCCUCGCCUACGGAGAACGGCGGCGAAGGAGCGCCCAGGCAGCCAAGGCCACCCCGGCCCCCCGGUACCCCGUGUACACACGGGAGGAGGUGCGGCGGCACCGCAGCCCUGGGGACCGGGUGUGGGUGACCCACGGCACCGAGGUCUUCGAUGUCACCGACUUUGUGGAGCUGCACCCGGGGGGCGCCGACAAGGUGCUGCUGGCGGCCGGGGGGGCCCUGGAGCCCUUCUGGGCCCUCUACGCCGUGCACAGCCAGCCCCACGUGCUGGAGCUGCUGCGGGAGUACAAGGUGGGCGAGCUGAGCCCCGAGGAGGCCCCACCGAGCCCCGACGCCGCCCAGGACCCCUUCGCCGGGGACCCCCCCCGGCACCCGGGGCUGCGCGUCAACAGCCUGAAGCCGUUCAACGCGGAGCCGCCGGCGGAGCUCUUGACCGAGAGCUUCCUGACGCCCAACGAGCUCUUCUUCACCCGCAACCACCUGCCCGUGCCCGCCGUGGACCCCGGCUCGUACCGGCUGCGGGUGGAGGGCCCGGGGGGCCGCGCGCUGUCGCUGUCGCUGCCGGAGCUGCGGAGCCGCUUCCCGAAGCACGAGGUGACGGCGACGCUCCAGUGCGCCGGGAACCGCCGCGCCGAGAUGAGCCGCGUGCGCCCCGUCAAGGGGCUGCCCUGGGACAUCGGGGCCAUCAGCACCGCGCGCUGGGGCGGCGCCCGCCUGCGGGACGUGCUGCUCCACGCCGGCUUCGGCGAGCGCCGCGACGGCGAGUGGCACGUCUGCUUCGAGGGGCUCGACGAGGACGUGGGGGGGGCUCCCUACGGAGCCUCCAUCCCCUACGGCCGCGCCGUCAGCCCCGACGCCGACGUGCUCCUGGCCUACGAGAUGAACGGCGAGGAGCUGCCGCGCGACCACGGCUUCCCCGUGCGCGUGGUGGUGCCCGGCGUGGUGGGCGCCCGCAGCGUCAAGUGGUUGCGGCGCGUGGCCGUGAGCCCGGCCGAGAGCCCCAGCCACUGGCAGCAGAACGACUACAAGGGCUUCUGCCCGUCGGUGGACUGGGACACGGUGGAUUACCGGACGGCGCCGGCCAUCCAGGAGCUGCCGGUGCAGUCGGCCAUCACGCAGCCGCGGCCGGGCGCGGCGGUGCCGCCGGGCGAGCUGGCGGUCAAGGGCUACGCGUGGAGCGGCGGCGGGCGCCGGGUGGUGCGGGUGGACGUGUCGCUGGACGGCGGGCGCACGUGGCGGGCGGCCGAGCUGGCGGGGGAGCGGCCGGCGCCGGGCCGGGCCUGGGCCUGGGUGCUGUGGGAGCUGCGGGCGCCCGUGGCGGCGGGCGCGGAGCUGGAGAUCGUGUGCAAGGCCGUGGACGCCAGUUACAACGUGCAGCCCGACACCGUGGGGCCCAUCUGGAACCUGCGCGGGGUCCUGAGCAACGCCUGGCACCGCGUCCGCGUCACCGUCACCCGCUGAGCCCCCGGACGGCCCCGGCGCGUGGGACGCGGGGCUGCGGCUCGAAGGUCGCCGGGUUUUAUGGCCCCCGGCACGUGAAAGCGGCUCCAUAAAGAUUUGGGAAGUUUUAUGGAC